CCAGGCUGCUGAUCACAGGCACCGCAAACGUUAAGAAGAGGAAGAAGAGAGGAGAGAAGAUCGUUCGGAGAGCGUUCGGAGAGCGUUCGGAGGCCAAAGCGAAAGAAGAAGAAGGGUCCUUCCGUUCGGGUGCUAGGGGUGUGCAACGAACAACCCUGGACCGAGGGCUCUCCCCACUCGAGUCUUUUUUAAAGUGGGCAAAACGCGGCCGCCGAGAGAAAAAGAGACGUCCUCGGGGCGAUGACAGGAUGCCUUCGUCUCUACUACCAGGCCGUAUUUAUUACGAAGGACCUCCGGCUAGUGGUGGUGGUGGUGCUGGUUCUGGUGUUGGUUCUACUAAAAUCGCUAGGAAAAACAACAUAUCACGAAUCGCUAAUACACUAGCUCGCUACGUAGUCCUAGUUCUUCUAUUAUUCGAACAUCGACGCGGCAAUUGUUUGAUGAGCAAUUCGGUCGAGGAUUGGGUCAGUGGCAGUGCUGUAGUUUGCAACGGAAUACCUGGAUUAACGAAGGAACAGCGUGAACUCUGUCACAGGAACCCGGACGUUACGGUAGCAGCACUCCAGGGAUUACAAAUGGCGAUAUUAGAAUGUCAGCAUCAGUUCAUGUGGCACAGGUGGAACUGUUCCUCUCUAACGCCGAGCAGCAGAACCCAACAGAGCAGUGUACUUCUGCAAAGAGGUUACAGAGAGACGGCGUUCGCUUACGCGAUAUCAGCGGCAGGUGUUGCACACAGCGUGGCACGAGCCUGCAGCAUGGGAAAAUUGCUCUCCUGUGGAUGCGACCCGUCCAGCUACAAAGCUAAACCCUCAGCAAAGGCACGGGGCACCCAAUGGAAAUGGGGAGGAUGUUCUCACAAUCUCGAUUACGGCAUGGAGUUUUCGAAACAGUUCCUAGAUACACGGGAGAAAGCUGGCGACAUACAAUCAACCGUGAAUUUGCACAACAAUCAAGCAGGACGUCUGUCGGUUGCGAGCAACAUGCAAGUGAGAUGCAAGUGUCACGGUAUGUCAGGUUCGUGCGAAUUGAAAACCUGUUGGAAAGUCGUGCCAGAUUUUCGUGUGGUCGGCAAAAUGCUCAAAGAUCGUUUCAGAAAUGCCGUCCUGGUCGCCCAAAGUAAUCUCGGUAGCGUAACCCCAUUGGCAAGGGCGAGAGGUUCCAGAAGAAGAAGACCAGAUCGUCAAAGGCAAAGACAGAAACAUCGUGAAAGAGGUGCCGGACGUAAAAGGAAACCACGUGAUCUAGCGAAACAACUGUUCUAUUAUCAAAAGUCACCAAACUUUUGCGAAAAGGAUCAACACGCUGACAUACCUGGCACGACAGGUCGCAGAUGCAAUAAGACAAGCUCGGCUGGUGACGGAUGUGGUAGUCUAUGUUGCGGAAGAGGAUACAACGUUGUCAGGCAAAGGCGUACGGAAAGGUGCAAGUGCAAUUUUCAUUGGUGCUGCUACGUUCAGUGUCAAAAUUGCACCGUCGAGGAGUGGAUCACCGUUUGCAAGUGAAACACUUGAAACAAAAAAAACAAAACAAAACAAAACUUGUAGAAGUAUAACGUGUUGAGCGAACUAUGGAAUGCGUUAGAAUUUAAACAAGAACAAAAAAAA